AUGGCAAGACCUGUAAAGGAAGUGCCUUUGGAGACUGUUGUUCUGCUGAAGGAUACUGCGUCCAACUUCGGAACUUGUGCUGCCGAAACUGAUAUUUCCACUGACGGCUUUUGUGGCAAGAACGGCAAAGUUUGCAAAGGCAGCAAGUAUGGCGAUUGCUGUUCCGCGGAAGGAUACUGUGGAAAAGACAGCCACUGCGGUGCAGGCUGCCAGCCCAAGUUCGGCACAUGCGCUGCUGAGACCAACAUCUCUACCGACGGCUUCUGCGGUAAGAAUGGCAAAGUCUGCAAGGGAAGCACGUACGGUGACUGCUGCUCUGCCCAGGGCUACUGUGGCAAGGAGACAGGUCAUUGUGACGCAGGAUGCCAGAGUGCUUUUGGCAGCUGCAACAGCGCCGCGGGCAACAUCUCCACGGAAGGCCAAUGUGGCAAGAAUGGAAAGACUUGCAAGGGUAGCACCUUUGGCGACUGUUGCUCUCCUCAGGGCUGGUGCGGAAAGGAGAAGGAUCAUUGCGGUACGGGUUGUCAAUCCGGCUUUGGGACUUGUGAUGCCUCAGCUGGUAACGUUUCUACUGAUGGAAGCUGCGGCAAGAAUGGAAAGAUUUGUAAGGGUAGUCAGUGGGGUGACUGUUGCUCCAAGAACGGCUACUGUGGCAAGGGUGAUGACUACUGCCGUGAUGGAUGUCAGACAGCCUAUGGUCUCUGCACUGGUAUCUCCACUGAUGCUGAAUGUGGUUCAAGGAACGGCAAGACUUGUGUAGGUUCUGGUCUUGGGAACUGUUGUUCCGCCAAUGGGUUCUGCGGGAGCACUUCGACUCACUGCGGUCAGGGCUGUCAAAAGGGUUCCUCCAGUGCCUGUCUGACGAAGGAUAUUCCUACCCUUGACGGCUCAUGCGGCAGUAAAGUUGGUCUUACGUGCGCUGGUGGUCCGUUCAAUGGCCAGUGCUGUAGCGUCGCAGGCUACUGCGGAACGAGCACACAUUGCGGCUCUGGAUGCCAACGUGGUUUUGGGCGCUGCAACUAG